AUGUCUACUCCUGUCAUCCCAGAAUACUCUCUUUCCGACUACGCCAAAUUUGCUUUGGCUGGUGCUAUUGGUUGUGGUUCUACCCACUCUUCGAUGGUUCCAAUCGAUGUGGUUAAGACCAGAAUCCAAUUGGAACCAACUGUUUACAACAGAGGUAUGAUUGCUUCUUUCAAGCAAAUUAUCUCUGCUGAGGGUGCUGGUGCCUUGUUGACUGGUUUCGGUCCAACUUUGUUGGGUUACUCUGUUCAAGGUGCUUUCAAGUUCGGUGGUUAUGAAGUUUUCAAGAAGUUGUUCAUUGACACUUUGGGUUACGAACAGGCCGUCAACUACAAAAACUCCAUUUACAUUGGUUCUGCUGCUAUUGCUGAAUUCUUUGCUGACAUUGCCUUGUGUCCUUUGGAAGCUACCAGAAUCAGAUUGGUGUCUCAACCUCAAUUCGCAAACGGUCUUGUCGGUGGUUUCUCCAGAAUCUUGAGAGAGGAAGGUAUUGGCUCUUUCUACGCUGGUUUCACCCCAAUUUUGUUCAAGCAAAUUCCAUACAAUAUCGCCAAGUUCUUGGUGUUUGAACGUGCGGCUGAAGUGUACUUCGGCAUGGCUGGCCCUAAGGAGAGCUUGUCUCAAACUACCACUACUGGUCUAAACUUGCUAUCUGGUUUGACUGCUGGUUUGGCUGCUGCCAUUGUUUCUCAACCUGCUGACACUUUGUUGUCUAAGGUUAACAAGACCAAGAAGGCCCCAGGUCAAUCAACCAUCGGUUUGUUGGCCCAGCUUGCUAAGCAGCUUGGUUUCGUCGGUUCUUUCGCUGGUUUGCCUACUCGUUUGGUUAUGGUUGGUACCUUGACUUCCUUGCAAUUCGGUAUUUAUGGUUCUUUGAAGAAGAGUCUAGGUUGUGCACCAGCUAUUGAGAUUGGCGGUGGCGGUCACUAA